AUGCAUAAUUCCGACAGUUCUUCCUUUGAUAAUGAGUCCAAUCAAAUAGAAUAAGUCAAACGGCGAUAAAUUUCAUAAUCAUAAUUACCGAAACUAAUGCAAACACCAUCAGAUUUAAAACCGCCUACAAUAAAUUCAUCAUUUAUCUGUCCAUCUCCAAUUACAGAACCAUUAAGAUCGUUCAUUUCUUAUAGAGAUAAUGGAUAAAAUCAUUAAGAUUAGAAUAGAAAGGCUUAGACACUGAAUGUAAAUUCUGAAGGAUUUGAUAAUAAAAACGUUGACGAAUCAAAGAAAUUAAAGAAAAGUUAAUUUAAUUAAGGAAUGCGAUCCUCACGUAAGUAGCCGCUUUAUUCUGAACUUAAUUUAACAGAGGCUGUAAGUAGAAACAUAUUUGACAAGAAAAUUGUUAAACAAUUCGCUAAUACACUUCUUCAAAAAGCAUACAUAUAUCGAGAAAAUUAUUUUAAUGGAUACUAAAAAUAAUUAUUAAUUGAAAACUAUUUAGAAAAUAGCCCUCAUUAUACCAUUAAAGAUGAGAUGAAUAAAUAAUAAAUUCACCCCUUAUGUUUUCUUUUUUGGGAUAUAAUUGUGAUAAUUUGUAUUAUAAUGUUAUGUGUUUGGUUGCCGUUCAAAAUAAGUUUUUAAUAAGAAACAAACAUUGCUUUAGAAAUAAUUGCUAUAUUAAUAAUUAUUUCAGAUUUGCCAAUAAAUUAUAUAAAACCUUAAAUUUAAGAAGGUAAAUUUGUAAACUUUCAAAUUAAGUAUAAAUUGUAAUUUAUUAAACGUCAAACUUUGUUAGAUAUUUUGUAUUUAGUGGCAACAACAUUAUCAUUGUACUUAUCUACAAAUUAUGUAUUAAUUUGGUGUAUUUUAUUAAUUAAAAUUUGUUUAGGAGUUUAGAAAUUGAAUUUCUUAAUAUUUAGAAUAAAUGAUUUUCUUCCUUUUGAUAUUGGUUGCUACAAAAUAUUUGUGAUAGUGUUAUAUGCAAUUCAUUCAUGUUCAUGUUUCUGGCACUUCAUAGGAAUAGAACAAUAAAACUCUUGGAUGAUGACCUUGAAUAUUUAAGAUGAGGAUGAAUGGACAAGAUAUUGUUAUUCUAUUUAUAUUAAUACAUGUCUGAUGUUAAAUGUUGGAUUAGGAUUGAUUCAUGUUAAAACAAAUGUAGAAUUAAUUUAUUCAACGAUCAUUAUGUUUAUCUCCUGUUGGAUGAUUGCAAUUAUCAUUAAUCACACUGGAUUUAUGAUGAAACAGCAAUAUUAGAAUUAUAACAAGACUUUAUCAUAGAUGGAAAUAAUGAAUCAUUUCUUAUCCAAAAGAGGAAUUACAUUGUAAAUGUCAGCCAGAAUUAGAAAUUAUAUGAGGUUCAUUUAAUAAUAGGGUAAUAAGGACGACUAGAUCUAAAUUUUAAUUUAAUAACUUCCACCUACCCUUAAAGAAGAGUUGUUUCUAUAAAUGAGAAUCAAAGCUUUAUUUAAUUGUAAGUCUCUAUUCAAAUUUUCAAAAGAUACCCUUGAAAAUUUGACCUAAAUCAUGGAGUAUGUUAAAUUUAAUCCUAAUGAAUUUGUGAUUUAAAAGCGUAAGCAAGAUGAUUGUUCUUUGUAUAUUAUUGAUUCUGGUGAAAUCUCAAUACUUGACUAAAAUACUCAGUUGGCUCAUUUGGUUUCUGGAGAAUCUUUUGGUGAAUUUUCAUUUUUCUCAGGUCAAUUAAGGUAAGCAUCUGCAAAAGCUAAAGGGUUCGUUUCAUUAUAUAAGAUCCAAUAAUCAAAGUUUAUAUAAUUAAUCUAAUAAAAUAAGAUCGACCAUGAGAGAUAUUUUUUUAUUAGGCAUUCUUUCUUGAAUCAACAAUUCAGUAUUCUUAAUAUGUGUUGUUACUCUUGCAGAGCAUCAGAUCAUUUAAUUUCUAAGUGUCCUAUUUGGAGGUAUACCCCAGAUCUUGAAAAAGUAUACAAAUAAGACAAUUAUAAUUAAUAAUAAAGAUCUAGCUUUUCUAGAACUCCAAAAGAUGUAAGAAAAGAAUUUAAUAGAAUAUUUUCAAAAUUGAUUUAAAAUUACGAUGCACUUAAAAUAUUUAGAUUAAAAUAUGAUAUAAUAUAUGAUGAUGAUGAAGAUGAAGAUGAUGAUGAUAUUUAAGAUGAUGAUUUGGAAUCAUGCUCUGAAUUAAGCGAUGAUUAUUAAAGCGAUGAAGGUUAUUCUGAUAAUAGAAUAGUAGAUAAAUAAGAUGGAACUAUUGUUAGUAUACUAAAACAAUAAGAUUAAGUCAAAGAGAAUUCGAAAGUUCUACAAGAUAUCUGUGAUGAAAAUGAUUAAAUGUUUAUUAUAAGACCGAACAACUAAAAAGGAACACUAAGCACCGCUCAAUUCUAAUAUUAAGCAGAUUUUUAAUAACAGCAACAAUAACUAUAUAAGUUUUCUUUAGUACCACAAGAACCUUAAAAAAUGAAAAGAACAUAAACGCCUUAAGACCCUUUGUAACCUUCGUAAUUGAUACAAACAGCAACUUCUUCAUAAUUAAUUGCUAAUGAAGCGCCUAUUCCUUCUGUCAAAAGAAUUAAAAACACUCCCCAUCUUACAUUUAAAGGAGAUACAGAUAGUUAGUAAAGUCAAAAGCAAUCAUAAAGAUUAAGAAAUAACACAAAAACUAGGCCAUAAAGUAAUAUUGUUGAUAAAAUGAAGAAGAACCUGUCAAGAAUAAGGGAAGAAGAUUCUGACACUCUAAACUUAUCGAAUAGAUAACAUUCUGAUGACUAAACCAGUUCUCCAUAUGGUAGACAGUUGGGCAGACAGAGCUAAAGUUCUUCUUAAGUGAGACAAUCAAUGAAAAGGUUUUCAUCAAAAUUGUCAACUAUCCCUCUACGCCAAGGGACUAUUACUUAAUUCAGAUCAACUGUUAGUCCAAUAAUUAGAUCGAAUAUUCGCAUACCAACUGGAGUAGGUAUGGUCGAUUUAAGUAUGUAUAAAAGAGCGGAUCAAGAUUCUGAAGAAUUUGAGAGGAUGUACUCUUACAAUUUAUAUUAUCCUGUUGAUAACUACUAAAAUGUGAUUAACAGAUUAAACUUAUUUUUGAAAUGGAGAUUAUCAAGAUUUAUUCCAUCAAAAUAUACAUUUGUUUUUAGUGUGAAGCGAAUAGUGAACAAAUUCAAAAAACCUUUAAAGAUGGAACUAAAAUCAAAUUGA